UGCAGUUUCUGUCGAAGAUCCAAUCAUGAAGAAGUUCGCAGCCGUGCUCGCAAUCGCCCUGGCCUCGUUGUCCACCGUGUCGGCCCAGUGCCCACGGAUCAUUACCCGUGCCGGAUGGGGUGCCCGUGCCGCCAACACGGCCAUUCUGCCAACUCAGCCUGCCCCGUGGGUCGUGAUGCACCACACCGCCGGUGCUCACUGCACUACGGAUGCCGCUUGUGCCCAGCAGAUGCGUAACAUCCAGAACAUGCACAUGGACACCAACGGAUGGGCUGACAUCGGGUACAACUGGUGCGUCGGAGAGAACGGAGCCGCGUACGAGGGUCGUGGCUGGGGACGUCAGGGAGCGCAUGCCCCGAACCACAACAGCCGCUCAGUCGGAAUGUGUAUCUUCGGUAACUUUACCAACGUGCUCCCCAAUCUGGCUGCCCGUAACGCCGCCCAGGCGCUGAUCAACUGUGGAGUCUCGCUGGGACACAUCGCUAGCAACUACUGGCUCAUUGGACACCGUCAGUCGAACGCCACCGCUUGCCCCGGAAAUGCGUUCUUCGAGAACCUGCGUACCUGGCCGCGUUUCAACCCGAACCCUUAAGUGGUUUACUUGUUGGUUCUUACGAGUUUGUUUAAUAAAGUCUGAUAUUUGUUUUUGAUACAA